UUAGAUAAAAUAUGUACAUAUAUUGUAAUAUUUCACUUAUGUAUAUGAUAAUCUACUUACAUAGCAAUAUGAGACACAUAUUACCUAAAUUUACUCUUUCAAACUUAUAAUUUUUGAUUUUACAAAGUUGCAUGCGUCGUACAACAAUCCUUCUGUUCGCAAUAUUGUAUUUAUCGGAUAAUUUGUCGCGUGAAAUCCGUCAACCCCUUUCAUAUAUCCCCAUCAUUAUGCGCAGAUGUUUUGUACACGCAAGCGCGAUACACCGUCUACUUUUACUGUAGAGAGACUAUCCAUAAUCAAAUACAUUCGUCCAGUCAUGCUUGAGCUUUUGGUCUCGACUGACCAUAUGUUAUGUGUAUACCCGAAAUGCGUAAACGCUAUUAACGGAAUUGACAGAAAUUCUCAACGAUCGGAAAAAUACGAUACGAAUGCAAAAAUCGCGCUCAAGAAUUUAAUCGUGUUUUAAUAAAUUUAACUAACAAAUGAAAAAAAAAGAAAAAAUGCAGCCAAUCAAGAAAAACUCAUGGAAGAAGAAUAGAAGCGAAGAUGAUUUUAAUUACGCAGUGCAAGUGACUCGUAUUGUCAUGCGAAUGAUGGGAGUGUGGCCGAUUCCCAGUUACGCUUCCAACGUGGAAAAAAUUGUCACCCGUUUACAAAAUGUCAUUUGCUAUUUUUUAUUCGCGGUUGUCAUCGUGCCGGGUCUCCUGCGAGUGUUCCUAAAAGAACACGAGUUCAAACGUAGAAUGAGACUGUUUGGGCCGAUUCUAAAUUGUUUUAUAGGUUGUACGAAGUACAGCUUGCUUUUACAUCACGCGAGAGAGAUUCAGUAUUGCUUGAAACAGGCGCGACAGGAUUGGAGGGAUACAGUCGAUUGGAAGGAUCGGAAUGCGAUGCUAGCUAAGGCAAAAAUAGGUCGCAGGUUCGCGAUUUUUACUGCCGCAUUCAUGUAUAUCGGCGGAUUGUCUUACCGCACCAUCGUACCGCUUAUAAAAGGACGAGUACUCACGUCGAUGAACACCACGGUGAGAGUGCUGGCAUGCCCGAGCUACUUCAUCAAGUUCGAUGAACAGACGACACCGGCAUACGAGAUUAUCUACACCCUGCAGUUCUUCUCAGGACUGCUCACCUAUUCGGUAACUGUCGGAGGUGCCGGAUUGGCUGCGUUUUUUAUCCUGCACGUUUGUGGACAGCUAAGAGUUUUAAUUGGCAAGAUUCAACGUAUCAAUGACAUGUCGGAACCCGAUGAUCGAGUUGUCGGGAUAUUGUUCACUAAUAUCGUGGAGCAUCAGAUAAAAGUGAAGACUUUUUUAAAAGAAGUAGAGGAAACUAUGCGAUAUGUAUUAUUAGUGGAAAUAGUGGGCUGUACUAUACUUAUAUGCCUUGUGGGAUACUACGUUCUUUGGGAAUGGGAAACUAGCGGUGCCACUGCCAUGUUAGUUAUGUUUGUGGUAUUUAUAUCUUUCAUCAUUUCCAUUUUCAUUAAUUGCUACGUUGGUCAAUUGCUGAUGGACGAGAGCAUGAAGUUUGGCUCAAUGACGUCCACAACAAAUUGGCAUCGCCUUUUUCACAAAAGAGCCCGUUCUUUGAUUUUAAUAAUGGCGGUUUCCAAUAUUCCGGAGAAAAUCUCGGCGGGAAAGUUGAUAGAAAUGUCUCUACCUACGUUCAAUAAUAUCAUGAGAACGUCAAUGGCGUACUUUAAUCUGCUCAUAAAGCUAAUCAUGGAAGUCUCAUCAAAGAUGAGCAGACGCAAAAAUGAUUUCACUUACGCAGUGCAAGUGACUCGCGUUAUCCUGCGAGCGAUCGGCGCGUGGCCAAUUUCCAGUUACGUUUCCAAUGUGGAAAAAAUCGCGACCCGCUUACAAAAUAUCUGUUGCUACUUUCUAUUCGCGUUUACCAUUGUGCCGGGUUUGUUGCUAAUGUUUCUGAAGGAACGCGAUGUAAAACGUAGAGUGAAAUUGCUCGCGCCGAUUUUAAAUUCUUGGACGAGUUGUGUGAAGUACAGCCUGCUCGUGUACCACGCGAGGGAAAUUCAUUCUUGCUUGAAGCAGACGCGACAGGAUUGGAUGAAUGUAGUCAAUUCGAGGGAUCGGAAAACAAUGCUAUCCAAGGCGAAAAUAGGCCGAAAGUUCGCGAUCGUUUCUGCCCUCUUCAUGUACAUCAGCGGAUUGUCUUUCCGCGUUAUCGUACCGCUGUCGAGAGGACGAAUGCUCACGCCGAUGAACACUACGGUGAGAGCGUUGGCAUGCCCGAGCUACUUCGUCAAGUUCGAUGAACAAGCUUCACCGGCAUAUGAGAUCGUUUUCACACUGCAAGUCUUCGCAGGGCUGCUCACCUAUUCGGUAACAGUCGGCAUUGCUGGGCUGGUUGCAUUUUUCGUCAUGCACAUUUGCGGACAACUGAGCAUUUUAAUUGCCAAGCUCCAACGUCUUGAUAAUAUACUGGAGCCCGAAGAUCGAGUUAUUAAGAUGUUGCUAGCUGAUAUCGUACAGCACCACAUAAAAGUGAAAGGUUUCCUAAAGCAAGUAGAGGAAACUAUGCAAUAUGUGUGGUUAGUGGAAAUAGUGAGCUCUACAAUAUUUUUGUGUCUUACGGGAUACAACGUUAUUAUGGAAUGGGAAAAUAGUAAUUCUACAGCAAUGUUAACUUACACAGUGAUGCUGACAUCUUUGACCUUUUCUAUUUUUACUAAUUGUUACGUUGCUCAACUGUUGACGAAUCAGAGCAUCAAGUUUGGCUUAAUGACAUCCACGAUGAAUUGGUAUCGUCUUCCACAUAAAAGAGCCCGUACUUUGAUCUUGAUAAUGGCGGUUUCUAAUAUUCCGGUGAAAAUCUCGGCGGGAAAGAUGAUAGAAAUGUCUCUACCUACGUUCAGUAAUGUGAGUGUGAAUAUUUAUCUCGAUUUAUUUUAUACAUGCAAGAAGGUCGGCGAGGUAUCGUACAUGAUCGAUUGGUAUCGCCUGCCAGAAAAAAGGAGCCUUGCCCUCAUAUUGAUGAUCGCUAUGUCCAAUACAUCAAUCAAACUUACUGCCGGAAUCUUCGAAUUAUCCCUCAGUACUUUUGGUGACGUAAGUAACGCAGUGUCAAUCUCUGGUACAUCUGUCUGCAAGUAACGUGAAUUACAUGUAAUCUUCUCCAACUGAUAGGUAGUUAAGACAUCUCUCGCUUACUUAAACAUGUUGCGCACAUUAACUACAUAAAACUUGCCCGAUGUGUAAAAAUUGUUAAUGCAACUAUUGUUGCAAGUAAAUGUCAAUUAGAUAUUUGAUAUGUAUAGAAAAAAAAAUGAAUAAUAUUUUAAAAAAGAAAAAAAUGUGGUGUAUUUAUUAAAAUAUUUCAUGAAAAAUGUAAAGUAAUGAUCUACUGCUUACGUAACAAUAUGCGGCACAAACUGGUAAUAUCGCUUCUUACUCGUAAGUGUAAACUUUAAAAAAUGUUUCUGGUAUGGUUGCGUACGUUAUACGGCGGUUUCUUGCACAUCAAUGUUGUGUUUAUUGAAUAAUUUGAUAACCGCAACCGCUUUCAUGUAAUCUUAUUACGCGUAAUAUUUUGUGCACGCAAACGCCUCUCACGCUUAUUUUUACAAAAAGGGAGACUCCCGUCACAUAUUAUUUUACACAUUUGUCCAGUUAUGCUUAAACCUCUAGUGUUUGACCCCCUAGUCAUUUAUAAGCUCAAAAUAAAAUACAAAAACGUUAGUAAAAAAUAAUAAAUUCUCAGUUCGAGUGAGACUGAAACAAGCGUAAGAUUCGCGAUCAAAAAGUGCAUGUCAAAUUGCAACUCGAAAAACAAAGCAAAAAUGAAAUUCAUCGAGAACAAGCAAAUGAGAACGGUUUGAAUUAUCUAGUGCACGUAACUUGCAUUAUCUUGCAAAUAAUCUAUCAACGCAUAAUAUUUUCCUCAUUACGCUUAAAAUAAAAAAUCAUAAAUUAUUUAUAAAAUGUCUCUUGCUAUUUUGUAAUACUUUCCAAUAA